AUGGAAAGGAUACAGAUUCUGCCAUUCAAGAAGAACGUUGGAGUUCAACUUGGUGUGGGAAUCAGAAACUCCGCGUUAUACCUGCCAUCCACCAGCUUACAAGGGCAUAAAGGCGAGAAUUGGUUAUAUGGUGGUGACACUGGAGAUCAACAGAUUCCCAUUCUUGAACUUGAUGUUAAGUCACAGGAGCCCUUGGUUGACUUCAGAAGUGAGACCCAAGACCUAACAAACGCUACCGAUGAUACCGGGACCACUCACGAAAGUGACAUUACAAGCGAUUUAAGUGAUAGUGAGUUCAAUUCUUCUCGGAUUUAUCAAUUUGGGCCGGAAGCCCUUGGUUCUAGCGAUCUUGACAGUCCUGGGCUUAUAAAUUUGUUUCGAAACGUUAAUCUGUCUUCGGAGCCUGGUUACGAAGCAAAGUCGGAUACUCCCAUUGCCGCUCAGGAAUAUGUUCCCAGAAACGUUCUAAAUUCAGUUGAAGGUUCUGGUGUGCGCGCAAAUAAUGCGGGAGUUCAAGGCAACAGUCAUGACUAUUGGAACCCUGCUCAGGCCUCGGACGGCUCUAAACCACCUCUACACUCUAUAGAUCCUACUGAUCUCGAAAGUGUCGCAAUUGGUCUUGUUCACACAACUGCAGAUUUGCGAAUGAACAAGGACGCGCGCCACGUAAUCAGCUACUCAUCGGGAGAUACUGGAAGCGUUUUAAAUCUCGCUUUGUUGAUGCAAUCAGAUGCGCCGGGCUUGUGCUGUUCGAGCGAACUCCUGAGUAUUAACCUAAAUUCGCGAGUUAAGAAUAUAAAGUUCCCAACUCUUUCGCCUUCUUUCGGCAGGUCAUCGGAUACACUGGCGGCUUUGACUGAAAAUGGACUUACUGUCUUGAGGAUCAAAUCAAUUGACGAUCACACAGGUAAGCUGGCUGCAGAGGCGCCUAUAUCUUUAGGAUUCAGUUCACUUGAAGAUUUUCCCUUCGCUGAUGUUUCUUUUAACCCGUGGGACAUCAAUGAAUUUGCAAUUAUUGAUGUGAAAGGGAACUGGUGCAUUGGUACUAGGAUCAAAAGAGGAGCCAGAGAGUCAAGGCUUCGGCUUUCUUCAAACAAGCGAGGAACCCUGUACGACCCAGAAGAGCUUUCUUCAUGGAGGCGGUUGGAGUGGGGCUCUGAAUACUUUCGCCUCAUAGCCGUGAGCAGAGGAAGGCUUGUUGAAAUUGAUUUAAACAACCGUUCGCAGUUGGAAAUUAUCCAAGCAAAAUCUUGGUCGUCAUUAAGGGACUAUAAGCGUAUAGACGAACAGUUCUCACUCAUCACAACAAGCAAAGAAGUUAUUUUUGUCAAUUUGAGAAGCAGCAACAUAGAGCGCAUCCUUUCAUGGAAACAUGACUUGAAUCCCGAUGAUACCACGUUAAAGAGUGAGGUUUGUCGGAUUGUUAAAUCCAGCGAUAAAGAGCACUUUUUCGUUUUCAUAUACUCAAGGUCGACUACUCAGGUUUGGUUACAUUUCUUUUACCGCAAUGGUUCCGCAUUUCAAUCCACAGGUGAUUCGUCUCUGCUUGAGUUUGGACCUUUACAAGGAGGCUUUAGCACCCUAAUCAUUUCACAAUUAGACCACAGUAAAACUGUCUCUUCCGAAGAGAAUAGUGACCAUGUCCACCUCUUCGCUGCAGCAAGAGAUGCGACAAGCAACGUCAUUUGGAAAUAUGCGAUUUUGGCGCGAGAAUUUAGGUCAAAGGUGACUGGGGGCCAACCAACGAUGACUUUACUGAAUGAAGAUGUCAGUGAUGUCCAAGUUGGUUCUAAGCAAGACUUUGUCGGCUUGCACCCAUUCUUGCCCAUUCCUUCCGCAGGUCAUGAUAUGACGAAAGAUAUUGAGGCUUUUCAACAAUAUGGUUAUCAAAUAUCCGAAGGAAUGAACAAACAGCUUGGGCAGUGGACAAUAGGAUUAGAUGGUGAAAGUUUGUCAAAUCAAUGUAAAUCUGUGGCGCUGGACGAUCUAGCAACACCUAUUGGUUACAUUGAAAGCAUGGAAGAGUUUGGGUCGCUUCUUCAGCAAUUCAAAGAUCAUUACAAAGACCAUGACGUAUGGUUCGCUGACAUGCCCACGCUAUCAACUGCGCUGUUGAAAGAACCGGUAGUCGACUUAGGGGUCUUAUACAACAAAUUGUUGCAAUGCUGGGAUUUCGGCGUUGAGGGAGAAGAGUGCAUUACGCGGGAUAUUCUGAAAGGCAUAGUUAUGAAAAAUACUGGCAUCUGUAGUGUUUCUGCUCUUUCUUCUAUGAUCACUUUAGCCUACGAGCAGCUCGGUCAAGAAAGUCAAAAUCUCAUUGAUGUAUGGGACAAGCCGGAUCCAAUUGAGGAAGAUAACACUGUUCCUCAACAGUAUUCUUCUCUCUUCCAAAAUCAUUCUCAAGCCUCUCAAAUUCCACCGUCUAUAAAAUCUUCGCAACACAGCCCUCCCAAAGCUCGCAAACUCAGGGGUAGAAGUCCGCGCGUAUCUUCUCAAUCUGUUUCGCAGCCAGUACCAAGUACAUCAAAUGCUUCUGGGAACACUCCGCACACGCUUAAAACACAUGCAUCAAAUGUUUUGCCUGACACUAUGACACCUGCAUUUACGUUAUCAUCCGCCUCGCAACAUGUACCUACUUUGAGUCAAUCCCAAAAUUCUCAACGACAAAGAAAAAAGAAGAAGAGGCUUGGAGGGUUUGGGUAA